AUGAAUAUCCUCUCUCUUUUAACGGCCAUAGUGCCCGCAAUAUCGGUCACAGCGGCCUCCUGGUCGGCAUCGCCCUUUGUACCUCACGCUGUUCCACUUGCUGUACGCUCGCCGUACCUCUCUGCCUGGCUGCCUCAGGGAGAGGGCACAGCGCUCAAUGAAGCUUGGCCUCAAUUUUGGACCGGAACGACAUUGGGAUGGGCAGGAUAUGUCAGGGUGGAUGGGGUCUCGCAUACACUUCUUGGUACUCCGGGCGGCGUGACUGGGGCGACCAACGCGGUGCAGAAAAGCAUGUCGUUCACAUCUACGCAGUCUGUCUUUGUUUUGACGGCUGGUGCUGUCGAUGUAACGGUCAGCUUCCUUUCGCCUGUGGAGCCCGAGGAUCUGGUCAAGCAAUCUCUCCCAUUCUCGUACAUGGCCAUCUCUGCUACAUCGAACGAUGGGGCGCCACACUCGGUACAAGUAUACACGGACAUCAGUGGCGAGUGGAUAACUGGUGAUACUGCUCUCAUUGCAAAUUGGAGUACGUCUACGGCUACGGAUGAGACGAUUAUCCACGCCAUCCAAUUGCAGGACCAGUUAGAGUUCCAAGAGACCUCCGAUCGCAUUCAAUAUGGCACGGCUUAUCUGGCUUCCACAUCUUCCAACGCGACCUAUCAGACUGGCCAGGACAGUGUCGUCCGCCAGCAGUUUAUCACAAACGGCGCCCUCGCGAAUACGGAGGACACAAACUUCCGCGCUGUCCAAGACAAUUGGCCUGUUCUUGCCAUCGCUCAUGACCUAGGAUCGAUUAUCGCGGCCCAAGACCCUGUUGUUUUCAUCGUCGGCCACGCGCGAGACCCAGCCAUCCAAUAUAUAGUUGCCGGAGGUGAACUUCAGCAGCGCAGCUCGUACUUCUGGAGCAAGUACUCGACUGCAGAUGAUGCGAUUGCAGACUUGCUCGGCGACUACAGCUCAGCUGUGUCUAGUGCGAACAUGUUUGACGCGAAAGUUCUCAGCGACGCGUCCGCAAUCUCGGAAGACUACGCUGGAAUUGUAGCUCUGUCAAUGCGCCAGGUCUUUGGGGCGACAGAGUUGACGGUCGCGAAGAACGACGACGGUUCCUUUGACACUGCCGACGUGCUCAUGUUCAUGAAGGAGAUCUCCAGCGACGGCAACAUGAACACUGUGGAUGUCAUCUUCCCCUCGUGGCCUGCCUUUUUGUAUACCAACCCGGCCUUGGGCAAAUAUCUACUGUUGCCUCUAUUCAAGUACCAGGCCACCGGUCAAUACCCUAACAAGUACUCAGCUCAUGACCUGGGGGCCCAUUACCCAAACGCCACUGGUCAUAAUGACGGACAAGACGAACCGAUGCCGCUUGAAGAAUCUGGCAACAUGCUUAUCAUGACCCUGAGUUAUGUACAGAAGACAGGGGACACGUCGCUGAUUGAGACAUACUUCGAUCUUCUCGACCAGUGGACCCAAUUCCUCGUCGACGAGGCUCUUAUCCCGGCAAAUCAGAUAUCUACCGACGACUUCGCCGGCUCUCUUGUCAACCAAACCAACCUUGCGAUCAAAGGCAUCGUCGGCAUCCGCGCCAUGGCCGAAAUCGCGGACAAGCUGGAUAAUUCUACCGCGAGCUCAAACUAUAGUUCCAUCGCCAGCAGCUAUGUAGAGCAGUUCAUGGAUCUCGCGCUCUCAAGCGAUGGGUCUCACUUGACGCUAUCAUACGGCAAUGACUCGAGUUGGGGAUUGAGCUAUAACCUUUAUGGGGAUAAGCUACUAGGGUUAAACAUCUUCCCUGACAGUCUCUAUCAGACCCAAGCUGCCUGGUACAAAACGGUAGAUACCCCGUACGGAGUGCCACUUGACACGCGCCACACCUAUACUAAGAGCGACUGGCAAAUUUUCACUGCCGCUCUGCUACAAUCGACGUCGACGGACGUACGUGACAUGUUCGUGUCAGGUGUGACCAAGUACUCGAGCGAUGCGCUGGCGAAGAAUACAGAACCAACCUCGGACUGGUACGAGACGUCCAGUGGUGGUGUUGCCGGUGGUUUCCGCGCUCGACCCGUCGUAGGCGGCCAUCUCGCUUUGCUCGCACUCUGA